AUGGCCACCAAGAAGGGGCCGAAGACAGCGAUUGUCGUUGGAGCUGGUGUCGGAGGAGUCGCAACAGCUGCACGCCUUGCAAAGGCUGGGUUCAAAGUGACGGUCGUAGAGAAGAACGACUUCACAGGCGGACGGUGCUCGUUGAUUCAUCAUGAAGGAUAUCGAUUCGAUCAAGGUCCUUCCCUUCUACUUCUUCCUCAUCUUUUCGAAGAGGCUUUUCGCGACCUGGACACGAGUCUAGACGCCGAAGGCAUUAAGCUCCUGAAAUGUGAACCGAACUACAACAUUUGGUUCGGCGAUGGCGAGUCCUUCGAGCUGAGCACCGACAUUUCCCGUAUGAAGACCGAGAUCGAGAAGUGGGGAGGUAAAGAUGGAUUCGAUCGCUACCUAGGCUUUCUCCAGGAAUCGCAUCGACAUUAUGAGCUCAGUGUCACCCAUGUGUUAAGGAGGAACUUCACGAGCCUGCUUUCUAUGGCGAGGCCGAGCUUCCUCAGACAUUUGCUAGCAUUGCACCCGUUCGAGAGUAUUUACUCCCGAGCAUCGAAAUACUUCUGGACGGAGAGGCUUAGAAGAGUCUUCACGUUCGGAAGCAUGUAUAUGGGAAUGAGUCCCUUUGAUGCCCCAGGGACUUAUAGUCUUCUACAGUACACUGAGCUCGCAGAAGGUAUAUGGUAUCCUGUCGGCGGAUUUUACAAGGUCAUAGAGGGCCUCGUAAAUAUCGGCAGAAGAUUAGGGGUCGAAUACCUCCUUUCGACCCCCAUAUCACGCAUUCUACUUUCUUCUGACAGCCGCACUGCCACCGGCGUCGUUCUUCCCGAUGGCUCAACCCUUACAGCCGACAUCGUAGUUUGCAACGCUGACCUCGUCUACGCCUAUAACAACCUCCUUCCCCCAACCUCCGAAUCUACCUCUCUCUCCACCCGCAAAGCCUCAUGUAGCAGCAUUUCCUUCUACUGGUCUCUCUCCACCCUUGUCCCAGCACUUACCGCUCACAAUAUCUUCCUCGCCGACGCCUACCGCACCAGCUUCGACUCCAUCUUCAAAGAGCAUCUCAUCCCCACGCACCCUUCUUUCUACGUCAACGUCCCCUCCCGCAUCGACCCCACGGCCGCCCCCGCCGGCCGCGACGCCGUCGUCGUGCUCGUCCCCGUCGGCCAUCUCAUCUCCUCCACCUCCAACGAGCACAAAGGCAGCUCGUCGUCCGACAGCAACACGCAAGCCUGGCCCACCAUGCUCGCCACCGCCCGCGAAGCAGUUAUUAGCACCAUCCACGCGCGCACAGGCGUGGAUCUCGCGCCCCUCAUUAUCCACGAGAGUGUGAACACGCCGACGACCUGGUUGUCGACUUUCAACCUCGAUAAGGGCGCGAUUCUAGGGCUCUCGCACUCGUUUUUCAAUGUGCUGAGUUUUAGACCUAGGACGAAGCAUCGGAAGAUCAAGGGGUUGUAUUUUGUGGGCGCGAGCACGCAUCCCGGGACCGGCGUGCCAAUUGUGCUGGCGGGUAGUAAGAUUGUGGCUGAGCAGGUGAUGGAGGAUCAAGGGAUGGUGGUGCCGUGGAAGGCGGGCGAGUUUGAGACCAAGGAGACGGGGAGGGAGAUUGAUAAGGUGAAGUCAGGGCCGCUGGUGAGUGGGUGGCAGUUUAUGGUGUUUGCUUUUGCCGUAGGGCUCCUGGCGGGGCUGUUUGGGGGAAAUGAGUGGGCUAUUGGUGGUUAUCUGGGUAUGGGGGGAACGAUUGAUGGGGAAGGAGGUGUGAGCUGAGCUAAGGAUGGGUGAACGGUGCUGGUAUUAGGACAAAGAUAUUUCAUUUCUCAAUGUGAUUGAACUGCGCUAAACACUAUAUCCACAUGUCAAGAAUUUCAAUCACUAUAUCUAAUCUUGAGCUCCUAAAUAGGUGACUCGGCAUCCAGCCCA